AUGCCUGUAACGAGGUCCACGACAGGGAGGCUACAGCGCGGCGGCCUAGAACAGAGGCCUACAGAAGAAUCGUCGGCCGCCGGCGCCACCGCCUCCACCGCCACCGCUACAGACUCCGACAUGCACACGCCGUCAACCGCCGUGACAGCAUCGACAUCGACGGGUGUGUCCAUCGGAGUAACGCCGCCGCCCUCCACUGCCGCGAGGGUGGUAACAGCUGCUGCCGGAACGCCCUCCCCACCGUCAUGCAUUCGGGCUACUCCGCCAGCGUCUACAGCAAGAUCGAAGGCCAAGUCAUUGAAGGCACGCCGCAUCGCUGAAGCGAAGGAAGAAUUAGCACGUCGUCGAGUUGAAAUUGCCGAAGCGAAAGAAGAAAUAGCACGUCGUAAAGCUGAACUCGCCGCCGCCCGGCUCGCAGUUAUUGAAGCUGAAUCCGACACCGACGACGACGACGGCAGCAUCAGUACCGAGAUGGGGAGUACACUCAAGGUCGACACGUGGCUCGAAACACAGCCGCACGACGUGGCCAUCAAGAACGAGCCUCACUCCGCGUCAGCAGCACCACCGCCAACCGAAGCUGCUGCCACCACCUCCGUCGACCCUGCCUCCACUGCCACCGUCCCUGUCGCUCAGCUGCGGGAAAGCGACUCUGUGGGCCUCACCGCCCUCGCCGAGGCUAUCGCUCUGGCUGCAAGAGCCGGGGCGACACCGCUACCGCCUCUGCGUCACAUCAGCGAGCUACCGUACUUCAGCGGCGCACCGCACGAGUGGCUACAGUUCAAGACCGCCUACUAUGAGUCUGCCGCUUCACUCGCGCCCUGCGACAACAUGGGGCGCUUACGACGAUGCCUGAAAGGAAGAGCGAAGGAAGCUGUCAGCCGCCUGCUCAUCACCAGCACGACGCCCGAAAACGUGAUGAAGUCACUUGAAUUGUGCUUCGGGCGCCCAGACAGCAUCGCGCUCGCCGAGCUCCAACGUCUGCGGGCACUACGCCGGCCUGUGGACAACGCUACAGAAUUCUGCUUCUUUGCCAAUGAAGUAAGCAACAUCGUAACGGUACUGCAAGAGCUGCACCGCGACCGCUACCUCAACAAUCCCGAGAUCACGCAGCUCACAGUCGAGAAGCUCACCUCCGCUCACAAGCUUCGCUGGUACGACUUCUCCGCCGCACAGUCACCUGAGGAACCAGACCUGCUGAAGCUCAGUCGAUUUCUCACUCGGGAAGCUUACAUCUGCAUGCCGCACGCACACGAGAAGACGCCAAGCAGUGCCUACGAAUCGAAGAAACAGCAGCCGCCGCACCGCGCACAAUGGACAUAUGCAACAACAGAACAGAAACCUACGUGUCCAGUGUGCUGCAACAGGGGCCACAGCCCAACAGAAUGCCGCAAGUUCGUCGAGAGUGACGUCGACUCACGCUGGCACCUAGCGAAGCAGAGAAGGCUCUGCUUUAGCUGUCUACGCUACCGCAGCAAGACGCACCGAUGCAGAAAGAAGAAAUGUGAUGUCGACGGCUGCGAGAGGUUACAUCACCGACUGCUACACUUCGUGCGCAAAGAGCCAGAAGCCAAUAAAACGGAAGCAGUCGCCUCUACGUGGACACCGAAGCGAACGAAUGCGUAUCGUAAAAUAGUAAAGGUCCAAGUCUCCGGACCGGCGGGAGUGGUCGACACAUGCGCGCUCUUAGACGACGGAUCUACAGUAACGCUCAUCGACAGUCAAAUCGCACAGAAGAUUGGAGCCAGGGGGCCCAUAGACCCUCUCUACAUAGAAGGAGUCUCCGACACAAGCGUCGACGAGUCCGCAUCGCGUCGCGUCUCACUCACUGUCACGGGUGCGAGCGAGACGCACACAGUCAACGCACGCACAGUACAGAAGCUGCACCUCGCCGCACAGCGUGUCACCGAGCAAGACCUCGCCGGCUGCCCUCACCUGGAAGACAUCAAGCACGAGCUGAAGGACACAGGCAUGAAGCCAGGCCUGCUCAUCGGACAAGACAACUGGCACCUGCUGAUGGCGGCGGAAGUGCGAGCGGGACAGCGACACCAACCAGUGGCUUCACGCACACCACUGGGCUGGGUGUUACACGGUGCACACACACGCACACUGGGACAGCGUGUGCACUACGUCAACAACAUCGUCAGCAUCGAAGACAGAAUGGAUGAGCAGCCGAAGAGACACUUCGCGCUCGACUCACUGACGAUCACACCGAAGAUACUGAAGCUUGACACUGAACAGCGAAGACUCCAGGACCCCACUACCUGGCACGGCGGUCAAGGUCGGAAACGUCGUCAUGGUGGCAGACGGCAACCUACCGCACAACACGUGGCCGAAAGACGUGGUCACAGUUGUCUACCUCAGAGAAGACAUCGCACGAGCAGUCGACGUCCAGACCAACGGAAGGACCUUCAGAAGACCGACCAAGCAGCUGGUGAUCCUGCCUACAGCUCCAGUCGUUCCGACCGAUGA